CCCAACCUGCGCCAUCACCGGAGGAGGCAAGACACCCGAUCACAUCCGGUACCGAGGCGCGCCUGUGCUGUAUUACCGCGGGUGAAGAUAAUUCAGUCGAGCUCUUCUCUGCCUGGAAACAACGUGGAGUUGGUUGUCCAACGUUAAUAAUUUACGUGUUGGAAUUUGGUACUGAUCAGUAGCUACAUGGCUGUUAGAAGGGGACACAUAAGAUAUCUGAAGGUCUGUGAGGUGCAGAGUCAGGGUAAUGACCGAGACUCUCAGCAGCAUAGCAAGAGUGCCAGCUCACUGAAGCAGGAGGUUUACGACAUGCCUAACGGUUAUGAGGACCAUAUGGAAGAUGAGCCAAAAGAUGCCAAAACAAACCUCAUCGUCAAUUACCUGCCGCAGAACAUGUCGCAAGAUGAGCUGCGCAGUCUGUUCAGCAGCAUUGGCGAGGUGGAGUCAGCCAAACUUAUUCGGGACAAAAUGGGAGGCCACAGUUUAGGGUACGGAUUUGUUAACUAUGUUAACCCUAGUGAUGCAGAAAGGGCAAUCAGUACUCUCAAUGGGCUGAGACUACAGUCUAAAACUAUCAAGGUCUCUUAUGCCAGGCCGAGCUCUGACGCGAUCAAAGAUGCCAAUCUUUACAUUAGUGGUUUGCCGAAGUCCAUGACGCAGAAAGACGUGGAAGACAUGUUUACUCGCUUUGGACGCAUCAUAAACUCGAGGGUGCUUGUUGAUCAGGCUUCGGCUUCCGAUGUUUUUCCUGCGUUAGGCUUGUCGCGUGGUGUUGCCUUCAUUCGGUUCGAUAAGAGGGCUGAAGCAGAAGAUGCUAUCAAAGGUCUUAAUGGUCAGAAACCCCCUGGAGCCUCUGAACCAAUCACAGUGAAGUUUGCAGCAAACCCAAAUCAGGCAAAGAACACUCAGCUGCUGUCCCAGCUCUACCAUACUCAGUCUCGGCGCUUUGGAGGCCCUGUUCAUCACCAGGCUCAGAGGUUCAGGUUUUCACCAAUGAGUGUGGAUCAUAUGAGUGGUAUGUCUGGCAUGAGCACACCUGGCAACUCCACCUCUGGCUGGUGUAUUUUUGUCUAUAACCUGGGCCAGGACGCAGACGAGGGCAUUCUGUGGCAGAUGUUUGGCCCGUUCGGUGCCGUCACCAACGUCAAAGUCAUCCGUGACUUCAACACCAACAAAUGCAAAGGGUUUGGGUUUGUUACCAUGACAAACUAUGAAGAGGCAGCCAUGGCCAUCGCCAGUCUCAAUGGGUACCGCCUGGGGGACAAGAUCCUGCAAGUGUCGUUCAAAACCAGCAAGUCUCAUAAGUAAAAGGACAAAAGUAUUACUUUUGGGUUCUGAGAACUUAUAUUGUUUGUGGGUUUUUUUUGUUUGUUUGUUUUUGUUUUUUUGUUUUUUUUUCCACUCCUCAGCAUCCAACCUAACUUCUGUAAGUGUUGAAACAGUCUCCAUAAAAGUACUUGUGUAUUUUUGAUGUUUGAGUAAGUAGUAGUGUUGUCUGUCUUCGGGAUUAAACAGACCAGUUGAAAGGCGUGGAUGAUAUGGCCUAGAAAUGAUUACAGUAUGCUUAAAUGAUUUUUCACAGGUGUUUCACAGUAAGCAUAAUAUUGUGGAAAAGACCUGAAGACUAGAGCUCAUCAUUGUGGUCUCUAAUAGUGUUAGGUGUAUGUAGUUGGUCUUGUCUUGCUAAGACCUGGCUAAUAGUCAUGGUAAUUUAAUUACUCUGAUGCUAUGGAGCAUCAAAGACCAAGAAUAGACUUUAUAAAGGCUGUAUCACAAAUUUGUAAUAUUAGAAUAUUAAAAAUCCCAUAUAAUAUCAGAUGUCAUGGUUAUGUGUUUUGUUGCUGUUUCCUAUUUGUUGCUCAAUCAAGUUUCCAGUGAAAAUAUUUUCCCCCACAUUGUUUUUGUUUUGAGUGGUUAUUUUCCACCAAUGAUUGUUUGGCUAAUAGUUACACAAUGAAUGUCAUCUCUAUGGUUCCUUUAUCAAAUCAAUUACAUUUUCAAUGUAAAUGUGAUUCAGAAAAACUACAUUUUAGCGGUUUUCCCCAUCAGUCCUGGAAAAGACAUGAUCAGUGAAUUUGUUUUGGUUUUUAAAAUGUACAGGAGUAUAGACCACAUGCUCAGCUCUGUAAAUAUUCACUGAACCACACAUUUUCCUUACGUAACCUAUUUGAAGUGAUUUGAGUUUAAAGGACCAAAGAAAAGGAGAGUAUGCCUUAUUUUGCUGAUUUAUGAAAUAUCCCCCACCUCAUAUAAGGCUGUUUUGCUGUAUGAUACAGUUGUCUUUUUAUUUUGCAGUUAAGAUAUUAAAGUUUUUGCAUAAAAAAAUUAGUUUUUUUAAACAUUCUCUUCAGCCUGCAAAUGUAGCAAAUUAUUGGAAUGCAUUCUUUUCUAUUCCUUUGCUCCCUCAGUUUGGAAGACUUCAUAGUGUUCAGCCUUCCACAAAGUGGAAUUGGCUCUCACAAUGUUUCUGAAAGCAGACUGAUAAUGACAGCACUGUCAUUUUUUUCUCCCCGCUUUAUUUGGCAAAUGGAGAUCUUUUCUAUUUAUUUUUGGUCUGCAUUAUUUUAGUUUUGGCAUUAGGCAUUCAUUUGUUCAUUUAGUAAUGUAAUUAAAAUCUGAUUCUGUAAAUUGCAUUUAGCUGUUUUUGGGAGAGAAAUUCAGGCUGUCCUAAUGAAGUUAUUCUUAUGAACACCAUACAUAGAUUACUAAACAAUUUAUCAGUCUUGCAUUGGUUAGCAAGACACUAAGGUUUAUGCAGACAUGGGACAGCCUGUCUACUGUAAAUGCUACUCCUAUUUCUCCAUAUAUGCAUGUUCAUUUAAUGCUCUUUGUCAGUAACUUUGAGAUCAUGCAUCUUGUAUUUGUAUGUCAUGUGAUGCCCAUCAGAAUUAUAGUGAAGCUCUUGCAAAAUGGGUCUUUUAUGUAUUUACAAAUAAAUGCUGUUUUGUUGGAAAAUGUC